AUACAAACAAGUACAAAGGAGGGGUAAAAACAAAAGUCAAUCAGUGUCUCUGUGUUGCUCACCCUGAAACAGCAUGGAGACAAAAAAGCAACAUUUAUGAUUGACCAGUGGAAUUCACAAUAAAACCUAACAAAUAGCCUACACAAUAGUUUGUGGCAAAACAAGCCAACCAAGGGGAUGUGUGGACAACGGCAUUGCUUUUGCUUUUCUCUAUUGAAAUGCAAAAUCCAGUGUUUUUCUUGUAAUACAGUAAGUUGUCAUUGUAAGACCAUGAAAUGGAUAAGAUAGGAACUAAAAGAGUCACGUGUACCAACUUACUAAGCCCCCUUUUUGGCCAGCUUAAAAAAACACAUUUAAAAAAUGUCAUAUUAUGAAAGGCUGGAAGAGAUCGAGACCAGCACACUGUCGAAAAAAAUGAAUGAAUCCAAAACUGAGGCUUGAACGCAAAACAAAAGACGUUUAUUUUAUAUUAUGAAAGGCUAAAUAAAUGUUGACGAUGUGCAAAAUCCUCCCAUUCCUCAACGACCUGCAGAUAAUCUGCCAGUUACACAAUAAAUUUCUGAUGAUUUUGUGAAAAUUGUGGUCAGUGUGCUGUGGCUAGCCCACCUGUCAGUUACAUAAGGGAAUCAAUCAUUAAAUAGUGUGGGACUUACUCCAGAGAUGCUGAAAAGAUAACUGACCAAUAAAACUAGGUCCUGGAUAUGGUACUUACCGUGCUGUAAACAAGUCUGAUUAGACAACCCCCAAGCCAGGACUCACCUUAGACUGUAGCUUAUUGGAAAGAAAUAGUAAAUGAACUUAUCAUUACAGCAGGUCAUAGGAUCAGUGCAUUUUUGAUUGAUUUCGUGCCAUUCGUUUCACAUGAUAACGAUGGAUGUGGUUGAAGUGGUAAUGACAUGAAAAGGUCAAUCAAUAGGUCAAUCAAUUUUCAUUGGCCUGCUUAACGUCUUCUUGCCACGAUCUUUGCCAAGAGACGUACAGUCCUGGAGUGGAAAAACAUUCACCCACUAUCACACAGACAUCCUGUUUCAGGGGCUAGCUUAUCAUUCCAGAGCAGAGAACUUCUGUUUACCGCUUUGGGAAACAGGAGCUCCAUGUUGGGUUGUAGGCUAAAGGUCAGGGAGCCUGUCUACAACGUUCACUUGAAGGCAAACAAAUGCCCUAACCUUGAAUAAAGUCUGGUGGGAACAGACAGUCCUGGAGCUCCAGAGGAGCUCUACCAGCUUUGGUGCACCGUCCCUGGGUUGCUGAUCUGGAUCCACACUGUAGUCAUGGAUCUUUUCCACAGCUGAGGGUGGAGGUGGCCAUCCAUCUGCAGACCCCGUAUGGGCAUUAUGAGGGAUGGUUUAGCCUCUACAGUGGCAGACCUACAUACCACCUUCUUCUGUUUCUUCCCAAGCUGGUUCUAUCUUCGCAGGGACGUGGGGGUCAAGCUCAUCUGGGUGGCUGCCAUCGGGGACUGGCUCAACCUGGUCCUGAAGUGGGUUCUUUCUAUUUGGAGAGAGACACUUCUAUGGGACAGACACAGCCCCUGCUUAAAACAAUUCCACAUCACCUGUGAAACUGGACCAGGUGGGGCUGUGGAUGCUGCUGUGUACAGUGGAGCUGCUGGUGUGCAUGUCCAGAGUCUACAUGGCUGCCCACUUUCCCCACCACGUCAUCAGUGGGGUCAUCACGGGUCAGAGAACCAGGACUCUAGAUGUCUAGAUUUCAAGAUGAAGACACUUGUACCCAGCAGGUCCUGCUAACCUGGAUGCUACUGCGCUGGGUAUCAUGGUGGCCGAGUUCUUCUCCAGAGUGCAGUGGAUCUGCAGAGCCAGUCUGAAGAAGUAUUUCAACACCACCAUCUUCCGGCUCUCCUUUGCUGUGGGUUUCUACGUGCUGCUGAAGGCUCUGGGCGUGGACCUGCUGUGGACCCUGGAAAAAGCCCAGAAGUGGUGUGUGAGGGCUGAAUGGGUCCACAUGGACUCCACUCCCUUCGCCAGCCUCCUGCGCAACAUGGACACCCUGUUUGGCCUGGGCCUGGGCCUGGGCGUGCACUCGCUCCUCUACACCGAGAGCAAGAAGAACAGCAGCACGCCCUUCAGGGUGGGAUGUAUCACUGUCUCCUUAUUGCUGCUACAGAUCUUGGAUGGCUUGAUGUUCCCCUCCAGGAAACAGGCAACGUUCUACGUGUUGUCCGUUAGUAAGUGUGCUGCUGCCCUAUUCAUCCCCACAGCUGUGGUUCCCAGAGGACUCUCCUGGAUCUUCUCAGGUUAAAGUGGGGAGGCUAAACUGACAUUUUCAUAACAAUCGUUCACUUUGUGAAAAAAGUGCAGAGGUAGAAAAAUGUACACUGAAGUAAUUUCAGUUGCUUUGGCAGCACUAUUGUACAAAUCAAGGACUAUGGUGGAAGUUGAGUGUAGUUGUCACCUGGAGGUGUGUAAAUCUGUUGGACUAUCAGAAACUGUUUUGAUUUGACAAAUUAAUUGGCUUGCUAAAGCUCAUGAGCAGAGAGUGGGAAUGGGUAUGGGAAGCAAGAACACCUCAAGAGCUUGGGAAUAUAAGGUUCUAUCUGCAAAAAAAAUAUUCUGAGAUAAUUGGCUUUAAAGUUUUGAACCCUCAUUGGUUUGAAUGGUGUCAGCUAUUUUUUAAAUAUUGUAUUCUUUUGAACUUAACAACAUUAAUUGGGGUAUUUGGAGUCCUAUAUAGGUAGAGAACAUUGAACAGAACAAGGGUAUGUCAACAACAACAUGUUGACAAAAAUGCAGAUAGAAGCUCUAGACCUGUUUCUUCAAAUAGAUUGCUCUGUUUGUUCCUAAUUAAAUGUAAAUGUUACAUACAGUAUAUGCAAUCCCGUGUAUAGCAACAUAUCAUUUCUGGGGAGACAAGUGAAAACGUGUGAUUCAGUAGAAAAGUUUGAAGGACAGUGAGCUGCUGAAUCUUCUGUUACAGUAAGCAAUGCUAGAAGACUAGGCUAUCUUCAGCUUUGUGAAAAAGUCUGGAGUUUCUCUAUUUCUUUGUGGUGGUUAUGUCUCUUGGGUUCAACUUGAUGUUAGUGAAUGACACUGUGCUGGUGUGGCUCCUUCGAUGACAACAAAAGGACAAAGGGUGAUUAUCAGGCCCUGGACUCUGGACCCUGAGCGGUGAGAAUCAAGACUGGUUGUACUAUAAUGUACAAUAAGUGUUUGCAUUUUAUUUACUAGAUGAUGUUGUGAACAAGGUUGCCUUGAUUAAUGAGCAAAAGCCCUUUUGCUUGGUGUACACAAAGAUAUUUUUUUUACUUUGAGUUAGUUUUUCAGAGAAAAUGACCCAAAAUGCCAAUACUGAUUCCUUAAUUAUUACUAGGGAUUUUAAACAUUUACUUCUAGACGACCGACCCUCAGCUCAAAACAUAGCAACACUCUUUACCUCAUGCCCACUGACGUUGGGAGUUUUGGGCAUGGAGGCUCAACGAGCAGCACUUUUUGUGUACAGAACGAUGACUAUGUGUAUCUGUACGUUAGUGAUACAUACCAAGUAUACUGCUUCAAUCAAACAUACCAGCAAUAAUCAAUAAAUACUUGACUGUACAUUGUCACGUGUCAACACUACUGUACAAUAGUCUACUUAACUUGACCCUGAUAUCAAGUCAGUGACAAUCCAUCCUAUCAUUGCCAAGUAUUGUGACGGACAUGCAUAUUUCCUAUGGUGACUUAAUAUUGU